GCUCCCAAGCCUGGCGCCUUCCCUGUGCGGCCCACGGCGGGCAUGGAACCCACCGAGCCGAGCCCUGGCGCAGCAGAGCCAGCUGCGGGCGGCGGGGCCGGUGCCGGUGCCUCCCCGGCCGCCCCGCUGACGGGCGCUGCGGCGGCGCACGGCCCCGCCGGCGGCCGGCCCUGCCGCGCGUCGCCGGCCUGCCUGGUCGUCGCCGCCGUGGCGGUCGCGGCCGCCGCCGCGUGUUGGGUCUAUCUCCGCCCCGUCCCCAUCCCUGUCGGGAACGGCGUGGCCAUCCUGGUUGCGGGCGACCUCGUCCGGUACUUCCCUAACCUCGACAGGCAUGUCGUCGCACCGCUCGCACGGCGGGGUCACGCGGUGGACGUGUACCUCAGUCUCAGCGUCGAGGGUGUCGUUUCCUCGAGCCCUGUUGAAAACCUCUUCGUCGCGCACCCUGCGUAUGGUGGCAAGGGCUUGGACGAGGUUCAGGGCAUGAUCGCCGAAGGGAUAAACAAAAGCGGGGGCAGCGUUGGCGCUAUCAGGAUACCUGCGCGGGUGACCCUCUCCGCGAGAGGCCUGGAGUUCCAGCACAGCGGAACCAGGUGGACGAAGUGGGCUUGCGACAAGGCCAGGUCUGAUUACAGGCCGUGCAAUGAGACCACGGCGCAUGCCCAGGCCGCCAGAGGGAGCGUUGCCAAGUUGUACCAAGAGCUCGAGGAUCUCUGGACGCUCGCGAAGGAGGCCGAGGCUAACAAGAACGAGAAGUACAGGUAUGUGAUGAUUACCCGUGACGACUCGAACUGGUUGUUCGAUUUCGACAUGGACAGGCUGCUACAAUCUGGCGGCGAUGUAAUGUUCGACGGGGACGCCGGGCGCGCGUUCGCGCAGAGAUGCGGUCCGCCAGAGAUGGGUGGCAUCUGUAACGACGUGGUGGUCGCCGAGCGGGAGGUUGCCGAGCCCUUCGGUUCCUUUUACGGGCUGAUGACGGAUCACGCCAUCGCGGGCGGUUUCAGGAACGCGUUCUUGAAGAUGAAGUCCCUCGACAUUCGUCUCGAGGAGGUUCCCGCCGCCGCGAUCCCUUUCGAGCGGUGCGGCCGCUUGAACAUUUCGGGGUCGAUCGUGCUCUGCAGACACAGGCGCACCGACGAAGCCCACGACGGCAUGCCUGCACUGGGCGUCAACGCCGUUGUCCCAGCCGUCUGCGAGGAUCUGGGCGUUGGUCUCUGA